AUGAAGCUGCUCAGAAUAUUCCUUUUUUUUUAUGUUGGUCUUCUAAUAUCAGCAGCACCGCUGAAGCUCACAAAUGAAACUUAUACAGCUGAUGUCCUUUCAUUUGAUGAUUUUACUCCAGAGGCAAAAAUAUUUUCGAACAAGCAAGAGCUUUUCCUGUCAGCAUUUUGGAAACAACUUCUGCAGGGUAAAAUGCCUCACGUAGCAGCAUCAACGGUAAUCGUUGUUAAGGACACCCAGUCUGUUUACCAUUUCGACAAAACAGAGUUAGAGAUAAAAGAUCUGAAGGGAAGAUUCCUUCAAUGGCCCCUGAAGAGAAAGAUCAGAUUACUCGAGGUUCAGUAUGGUGAGCAGAAAAACAUUCACUGGAAUAGAGUUCCUGUCUCUAGUUGUAUCUCAUCAAAGCUUGGCUCAGGUGGCGCAAGUUACACCCAAAGUUAUUCAUGGUCCAAGAGCAUUACGAAAUCAUUGAGCCCAUCUAUUGAUUUCACGCUAAUGCAAUUAGGAGCAACUCUUUCAUUGGAGGCAGAUUUCUUAUCACUGUCUAUUACUAACACGGGAAGUAUCACUUGCAAUGCUGCUGCGGGUAAAAAGGUCCAAGUUUUCGGUUCUUUUAUUUUGGCAACAUUUCCUCUGGCACAGAAGAGAGAAGCAACAUUUUCGAAGGGUUAUGAAGAUUUCAAAACUGGUGAAUGGAUCAAGCUAUCGAGUGAUGAUUCCGAAUCUCUGAAAUUCGGGCCGAUGUUUUUUGACUUAGAAGAUAUCCCCGACUACGUCUGUAUUGAUAAUGAAGAUGAUUUAAGGUGUGAUGAUGAGAGCCUUUUCUCCCUGGAUGGAUUUGAAAUGGCGAACUCCAUGGAAUACAUCUCUAAUGUUAAGGAUGCAAAUCGGAUGUCUCUGGAACUCAUCAUGUGA